GUGAAGUUGAGUGGGAAGAUAGGACAUUCUGCAGACAUCAUUUUAAUAGACCAUAGCCUUAUUGUUACAGCACUAGGCGAGACGGUCGUCAGGUUCUGGGAUUUGGACCGAGACGAGAACUAUGUACUGUCCCCAGAUGUGCAAUUUGGCUUUGAGGGUGGAGAAUGUAUUAAUUGUAUUUCUUACUGCAGUGCUAAAGGUCUCUUAGCAGCUGGUACUAACAAAGGGAGAAUAGCUAUGUGGAGGAAAGCCGCAGGAUCCGAUCAGAGCAUACGGGCUUUGGAGGGCAAAGAGAAGUGGAAGCUCCAGGCACCUACAGAACUUGAAGGGAAUGUCACUCAGAUAAAGUGGGGCUCCCGAAAAAACCUGCUGGCGGUGAACAUCAUCAGCUCUGUGGUGAUCCUCAGUGAACAGGCCAUGUCUUCUCAUUUUCAUCAGCAAGUGGCCGUUGUACAGGUGUCUCCCAACCUGUUUAAUGUGACCGUCUUCAGCACAGGAGCCACAUACAGUCUUCGUGUUGAUAUGAAUGUUAACGGAGUCUUCGCUACUAAGGAUGCUGUAGUGUUCUGGAAUGGGAAGCAGGUUACUGUCUUUGAGUGCUCAGGAGACACCUUCAGAAGUGCAGGCUCUUUUCUUUGUGACUCCCCAGUUCUGUCUGUGCAUGGAGAAAAUUUGUACACUGUUGAGCCGUAUCGAGUCCAGGUCCGCACCUGGCAGGGCACAGUUAAACAGCUGCUGGUGUUCUCUGAAGCAGAGGGGAAUCCGUGCCUCUUGGAUGUCUGCGGAAAUUUCUUGGCUGUGGGAACUGAUUUGGCUCACUUUAAAAUUUUUGAUCUCUCUCGCAGAGAGGCAAAAGUGCAUUGCAGUAGCAAGAAUUUCUCUGAGCUGUUUCCUGGCCUUGGAGGCAUUGCAUCUGUUAAGUGCAAUGCUAAUGGCAAUAAAGUCAGCAUCCUUGUUAGCAAGGUGGAUGGGAACAUUGAUUCCAAGAUCUGUUUCUAUGAUGUUGAAAUGGACAAAGUUACGCUCUUUGAUUUCAAGGCUGAACAGGGAAAUGGUAGGAAGAAGCUUUCUUCUGGGCAAGGCACUGACAAGUCUGUUUUGGAGUAUCCAGAGUUGCACAGCCACAUCCCUGCUUGCCAUUUCUGGGACCAGAAUGAACCAAGACUUUUUGUGUGUGAAGCAAUUACUGAAACAGGCCAACACUGUUCAGACCAGAAGAAAGAACAGACUGAGACCACA